GUGUUUUAUUUAUCUUUUCUCAACCAGUCAAGCCGUUUCUUCUUCUUUUCAGAUUUGGUGAGUGAAACCCUAGAAAGAAAACCGAAGAAAGAAGCUUGUUUUGAAUUAUUGAGGUUUGCUUCGAAGAAAUGAAGUACUACUUUUCUUGACUUGCUGAGCUAUUGUGUUUGCUGUAGUUACCAUCUCGGAGAUAAUUUCAAAUGAAUAAGAAUGCUCUCAAUGAACAACGGGUUUGCGGAGCAAAAUCAUAUUGUAGAAGAUGAGCAGAAGAAAAUAAGGGACGGGAUCAUGGGUGAGGACCAGGAGCUCUCAGAGGAAGGUGAGUCCCAGAUUAAUGAGGAUGAAAAAGAUGUGAAUGAUAAGGGCAUGGAAUCGCUUCAGGUCCUGACCGAUGCACAGGUUGUUAUUCAGAGCCAACACCAACAGUCUCAAGGGCCUUUGGUUCACUGGGAGAGGUUCCUGCCUCGUCGGUCUCUAAAGGUUCUGCUUGUGGAAAAUGAUGAUUCAACUCGCCAUGUUGUCAGUGCGUUGCUUCGAAAUUGCGGCUACGAAGCUACUGCUGUAGCAAAUGGUCUACAAGCUUGGAAGCUGUUACAAGAUCUGACAAAUCACAUUGAUCUUGUUUUAACUGAGGUGGCUAUGCCUUGUUUAUCAGGCAUUGGCCUUUUAAGCAACAUUAUGAGCCACAAAACUUGCAGGAAUAUUCCUGUAAUUAUGAUGUCAUCUCAUGAUUCCAUGAAUGUAGUCUUUAGGUGUUUGUCAAAGGGUGCAGUUGACUUUUUAGUGAAGCCUAUUCGAAAAAAUGAGCUUAAAAUCCUUUGGCAACAUGUUUGGAGGAGGUGCCACAGCGCUAGUGGUAGCGGGAGUGAGAGUGCUGUACGGAUUCAAAAAUCCUUGAAGUCAAAAGGUGCUGAUGAGUCCGAUAAUGAUACUGACAGCAAUGAUGACGAUGACAUUGGAAGCAUUGGUUUGAAUGCAAGGGAUGGAAGUGACAACGGAAGUGGUACCCAGAGUUCCUGGACAAAGAGGGCCGUUGAAGUUGACAGUCCCAAACCAAUGUUACCGUGGGACCAAUUAGCUGAUCCUCCUGAUAGCACAUUCGCCCAGGUUAUUCACUCAAGGUCUGAGGCAUGUGACAACUGGGUGCCCCUGGCUACAACGAAGAAGUUUGGAAAGCAGGAUGAUGAACUUGAUAACUUUGUUAUGGGCAAGGACUUGGAGAUAGGAGUACCUAGAAUUCCAAAUUUGCAGCAUAAAGAUCUAAGCAAAGAGGUACUGACCAACAUAGCAGGGAAUAAUGGAGAGAAAUUUCGUGAAAUAAAAUCAGAACAGGACAGUGGGCAUUUAGAGAAAGGACAACUGGAGCUCAACAGUGAAAAACACAAUACAGAAUUGAGAAACCAAGGCAAUGAUCUCAAGGGUGUCAGCACAAACAUUACUAAUCCUCAGAUUGAAAGUGAAGUCGUAGACAUCUCAAACAGUCUCUCUUCUAACAAAAAGAAUGAGGUCAUCUAUGAGACCAAGGAGAUGCCUUCUCUUGAACUGGUUUUGAAAAGGCUGAGAGAUACUGGAGAUGCUUGGGCCAGUGCCAAUGACCGAAAUGUGUUGAGACAUUCAGACCUUUCAGCAUUCUCAAGGUAUAAUUCUGCUUCAACCGCUUAUCAGGCUCCAACAGGGAAUGUAGGUAGCUGUUCUCUGCUUGAUAAAUGUUCAGAAGCAGCAAAAACAGAAUCAAUGCAAAAUCUUCAAUCCAACUCAAAUAGCACACCUCGCAAUCUAUGUUCCAAUGGAAGUAGUAAUAACAAUGAUGUGGGCACUACAACUAAUAAUGCUUUCGCCAAACCUUUGGUAAUCAGAGACAAGCCAACACCAAAAUCUACAGUUAAAUGCCUCCAUCCUUCUUCUGCCUUCCAGCCAGUGCAGAAUGACCAGACACUUCAUGCUCAGCCUGUAAUACAGGGUAAGGGUGAUGCUCCAAUCGCUAACACAAUUCUGGCUCAAUCAAGAGGCAUGAACCAGCAAGGCCAAGUGCAACACCAUCGUCACUGUGUUCAUAACAUGCCCCUCACCAUCCGCAAUGAUUUGUCUUUGAAAAAUAUGGCAGCUGCAGGUCCCCGAUGUGGGUCAUCUAACAUGUUGAGCACACCCAUGGAAGGAAAUGCUGGUAAUUACAGUAUGAAUGGGAGCAAUGGCCAAAAUGAGAGCUGCAUUGCUUUGAAUCCCAGAGGAAUAAACUUGGAGAGCAAUAGUGGGGCAGCUGGAAAAGACGAAAAUCCUGGUACAGGUGAUGAAAGUGGGAGCAGGAGCGGAGGCGGUCAAAAUUGCUUUGCACUGAGAGAGGCUGCAUUGAACAAAUUCCGCCAGAAGAGGAAGGAGAGAUGCUUUGAGAAGAAGGUUCGAUACCAGAGUAGGAAGAAGCUGGCAGAACACAGACCCCGUGUCCGAGGACAAUUUGUGCGACAAGUACCAUUUGAACAUAAAGAUGAGGAUGCACAGAGCUAAUCUGACCUGUUACCAGCUUGUGCCUUGGGAAUUUUGUGCUUGAGAUCGGUUGGAUUAUGCUUGGCAGGAAAAAUUACAGAACCACUGUUAUCAAAGACAAAUUAUUAACUGUGUAAAGAGCUGUUCAGAAGGACAUCUUGGACUAUUCUAUGAUUGUGGACUAAUAUACAUGUUACUGCCACGGACUACUACAACUAGAUAGAAGGUAACCCUUCACAGGGUAGCCUUCUCCAAUAAAUGAGCUGUUCAAUCUGUGUUGUAUUGUAGUUUACAGGACUGCCUGAAACUUGAAAGGUUAUCAUUUGUUCUCCUUGUAUGGAUUCUGUUCUCUAAUUAUAACGCCUCUGUUCUCACUU